UUUUUUUCAUGCAAGCCUUUUACCAUCAGUGAGAGAGCUGGACUGACGGGGGAGCGGAUCUAAAAGGGCCCAGUCUGGCUGUCACUGAAAAUCCUUAUUCUUUCACACAUGGCGCUGUAGUAGAAGCACACAUUCUCUGUGGAUUGUGGAAGGGAACGCUUUUCUUUUUAUCCAAGUCGCCCGUUUCCUGUAACGCACACGGGCACGCACCAUGGAGACGCAGAGGUGGCCCACCAGGUGGAAAACGAAAAGGUGGCUAUGGGAUUCAACGCUAACCGCAGCCGUCACACUAAUUUUAAUGUUACAAGCCGCCAGUGUCAGAGCAGCUGAACCAGUGGAUGUACUGAAGGCGCUAGACUUCCAGAGCUCUCCUGAUGGAGUACAGAAAACAACAGGCUUCUGCAAACUCCGUAGAGGAGCCAAGCCCGACAUCGCCUACAGAGUGGCAAAACAGGCACAGAUCAGCGCUCCAACCAAUCAGCUCUUCCCAGGGGGUGUUUUCCCAGAAGAUUUCUCCAUCAUGUUUACUAUCAAGCCCAAAGCUGGAAUCCAGACCUUCCUGCUGUCCGUGUACAACCAGCAGGGCAUCCAGCAGCUCGGCGUGGAGGUGGGCCGUGCCCCCGUCUUCCUGUAUGAGGACCAGCACGGCAAGCCAGCCCCAGAGGAGUACCCCCUGUUCCGCUCCAUCAACCUCGCUGAUGGCAAAUGGCAUCGUGUAGCCAUCAGCGUGGAGAAGAAGACCGUCACCAUAAUUGUGGACUGUAAGAAAAAGCUGACCAAACCUCUCGGCAGAAGCGACCAGGCUGUCAUCAACACGGAAGGUAUUACUGUCUUUGGCACCAGAAUCCUGGAUGAAGAAGUCUUUGAGGGUGACAUCCAGCAGCUGCUGAUUGUGGCAGACCCCAGGGCAGCCUAUGACUACUGUGAACACUACAGCCCUGACUGUGAAACCCCCAACCACCACGACACCCCCCAGGCUCAAGAACCUGAGGACGAGUACACUAACUAUGACUAUGGUGAGUUCUAUGACUACAGUGAAGGAGAGUUAACCACUGACACUCCUCCAACUGAAGCACCCAAGACUGAGACAAAUGUGGGUGGUGACUACUACACUGGUGAGUAUGACUACACCACGGUGGAUGGAAGUCAGCCUGAAACCCCCACUGAGUCUGGAGGACAAGGCCAGACCUACGAAGAAGAAAUAGUGGAUGAUUACAUCACGGGUGUGGAACAGGUCGGGGCAGAUCCCACUGUUGCUGUGGAAACUGCUGCCCCAGUGGACCCCAAAGAGAACGUGGAUCCUGGCACUGAAAUCUAUGAGUUUAAGGAAUAUGACUUGAAGAAUUAUGACAACAAAGAGUUUGUAGAGAAGGCGUACGAAUACGGCAAUUAUGACGAUUAUGGCACCACCGAUGGAAAGCCUACGUCCGCAACUUACGAGGAAGAGUUUGGACCUGGUGUUCCAGCGGAGACAGACAUCAGAGAGAGCAGUGUUGGUGGAAGUUACCUGGGAGAAAAAGGAGAGAAGGGUGAACCUGCUGUCAUUGAGCCAGGGAUGCUUAUAGAAGGACCCCAAGGAGCCCCCGGCCAAGCAGGUCUUCCUGGUACCCCAGGAUUGCAGGGUCCCCCAGGUCCCCCAGGAGAUCCUGGUGAGAGGGGUCCUGCUGGUCGUCCUGGUCUUCCUGGUUCUGACGGUGUCCCUGGGCCUCCAGGUACCAUUCUGAUGCUUCCAUUCCGUGCAGGCGGGGAGGCUCACAAAGGACCUGUGGUUACAGCCCAGGAGGCUCAAGCUCAGGCCAUCCUCUCACAAGCCAGGCUGGCUAUGAGAGGUUCCCCGGGGCCAACAGGCAUGACAGGAAGAGCUGGUCCAGUGGGAAGUCCUGGUGCUCCUGGGCUUAAGGGUGAUAGUGGUGAUUCUGGACCACAGGGACCCAGAGGUCUUCAGGGUUCAACUGGUCCACCAGGAAAACCAGGAAAGCGGGGUCGUAAUGGAGCUGAUGGUGCUCGUGGAAUGCCAGGAGAGGCAGGACCUAAGGGUGACCGAGGUUUUGAUGGCCUCCCUGGACUUCCUGGAGAGAAAGGACAUAGAGGAGAACAGGGCUCUACAGGUCCUCCAGGACCUCCAGGAGAAGAUGGACCAAGAGGAGAGGAUGGCCAGGUUGGACAGAGAGGUGUGGCUGGAGAGAGUGGUCCUCGAGGUUUACUUGGUCCUAGAGGGUCUCCGGGUCCUGGAGGACAACGUGGUCUUCCUGGACUUGAUGGGCCUGCAGGUCCCAAAGGAAACAUGGGUCCUCAAGGAGAGGCAGGUCCUCCUGGACAACAGGGUUUGCCUGGUCCAAAUGGUCUUGUUGGUCCUCAAGGUCCGAUUGGUCCUCCUGGUGAAAAAGGACCUCAAGGUAAACAAGGUUUGGCUGGCCUUAACGGUGCUGAUGGCCCUCCUGGUCACCCAGGAAAAGAAGGUCCUGCAGGCGAGAAGGGAGCUGCUGGUCAUCCUGGGCCUAUGGGAUCUAUCGGCUACCCUGGACCUCGCGGUGUGAAAGGUGCUGAGGGAAUCAGAGGCCUUAAAGGUGGCAAAGGAGAAAAGGGAGAAGAUGGAUUCCCAGGCUUCAAAGGUGACAUGGGUCUCAAGGGUGACAAGGGUGAGGGUGGCGUCAUGGGACCAAGGGGAGAGGACGGUCCUGAGGGCCCCAAGGGCAAAUCAGGACCCAACGGGGAGGCUGGUCCCAUGGGAUCAGCUGGAGAGAAGGGGAAACUCGGAGUCCCUGGAUUGCCCGGCUAUCCUGGAAGACAAGGUCCCAAGGGUUCUACUGGCUUCAAUGGAUUCCCUGGAGCAAAUGGCGAGAAGGGUGCGAGGGGAAUCGCUGGCAAAGCUGGCCCUAGAGGCCAACGUGGCCCAACGGGUCCACGUGGUGGGCGUGGUGCCAGAGGACCAACAGGAAAACCAGGAGCAAAGGGCACCUCAGGCAAUGAUGGACCUCCUGGCCCGCCAGGAGAGAGGGGACCGCAAGGACCACAGGGACCUGUCGGUUUCCCCGGACCCAAAGGACCUAAUGGCCCACCAGGAAAAGAUGGACUGCCCGGUCACCCAGGACAGAGGGGAGAGACGGGUUUCCAAGGAAAGACAGGACCUCCAGGACCUGGAGGGGUGGUUGGACCACAGGGACCAACUGGAGACGUGGGACCCAGCGGAGAGAGAGGACAUCCAGGCUCCCCUGGUCCUCCUGGUGAGCAAGGUCUACCUGGAGCUGCUGGAAAAGAAGGUGGAAAGGGUGAUCCAGGUCCUCAAGGUCCGGGUGGCAAAGUGGGACCUGCAGGCCUGAGGGGCUUCCAGGGGGCAAGAGGUCUACCAGGGGCCAUGGGUCCAGCUGGCUUAAAGGGAGGAGAAGGGCCUCAGGGCCCCCCUGGUCCUAUCGGUUCUCCAGGAGAGAGAGGUGCUGCUGGUCCUGGAGGUCCCAUUGGUCUGACAGGACGCAAUGGCCCCCAAGGUCCCCCCGGCCCUGCUGGAGAAAAAGGCGGUCCUGGAGAGAAAGGGCCUAUGGGUCCCGCCGGCCGUGAUGGCAUUCAGGGUCCUGUCGGUCUUCCUGGUUCAGCUGGUCCUCAGGGCCCCCCUGGAGAGGAUGGUGAUAAGGGAGAAGUCGGUGGACCUGGACAGAAGGGAAGCAAAGGAGACAAGGGUGAACUGGGUCCACCAGGCCCGGGUGGUCUUCAGGGUGUAGUUGGAGCUCCUGGUCCAGCGGGCAGUGAUGGUGAGGCUGGACCCAGAGGACAGCAGGGUAUGUUUGGACAGAAAGGAGAUGAAGGACCUAGAGGAUUCCCCGGUCUUCCUGGACCCAUUGGGCUGCAGGGGUUGCCUGGACCUCCUGGUGAGAAAGGAGAGAAUGGAGACGUCGGAGCAAUGGGUCCACCUGGUCCUCCUGGCCCCAGAGGUCCUCAAGGUUCUAGUGGAGCCAGUGGAGCUCAAGGUCCUCCUGGUGGUAUCGGUCCGAUGGGAGGUGUCGGUGAGAAGGGAGAAACUGGAGAGGCUGGCAACCCGGGACCACCUGGAGAGCCUGGUAUCGGAGGCAUCAGAGGAGAGACUGGUGAGAAGGGAGAAACCGGCCCACCUGGGGCUGCUGGGCCACCUGGUGGUCGUGGACCCUCUGGAGAUGAUGGUCCCAAGGGUAACCCUGGUCCUGUUGGCUUCCCAGGAGAUCCUGGCCCCCCUGGUGAGCCUGGUGCUGCUGGUAUUGAUGGUUUACCAGGUGACAAAGGAGAUGAUGGAGAAGCCGGGCAACCUGGCCCUCCAGGUCCAUCCGGUGAAGCUGGAGUACCAGGACCUCCCGGCAAACGGGGACCUGUGGGACAAACAGGUCAGGAAGGCAAACAAGGAGAAAAAGGAUCCAAGGGAGAAGCUGGAGCAGAGGGGCCUGUAGGAAAAACUGGACCCGUGGGACCUCAGGGACCAUCUGGAAAGGCUGGUCCUGAGGGUCUGCGUGGAAUCCCUGGCCCUGUUGGUGAGCAAGGUCUCCCUGGUGCUUCUGGUCAGGAUGGCCCUCCUGGACCUAUUGGACCCCCUGGACUUCCCGGUAUGAAAGGUGACUCUGGAUUCAAGGGAGAGAAGGGUCAUCCUGGUCUGAUCGGUCUGAUUGGACCUCCUGGUGAGCCCGGAGAGAAGGGAGACAGAGGUUUGCCUGGAGCUCAAGGCACUGCAGGUGGCAAGGGUGAUCAAGGUAUUGGUGGUGGCCCAGGUCCUCUCGGCCCUCCUGGUCCCCCUGGUAUUCCUGGCGCACAAGGACAAAAGGGAUCUAAGGGGUCAACUGGUUCACAAGGUCAGAAGGGAGACCCUGGACUGAUUGGACCACCUGGACCUCCUGGUCCACCUGGUGAUAUCGUCCAGCCACUGCCCAUCCAGCAGGUGGCCAGAAAGACCAGGCGUCAGGCGGAGAUGCAGGGAGAUGCUCCACUGCCUGACUACGGCGUGGACGGAGUGGGCCCCGAGGGAAUGGAGGACGUCUUCGGAUCCCUAAACAACCUCAAACAGGACAUUGAGCGCAUGAAGUUCCCCAUGGGCACCCAGGACAAUCCUGCCAGAACCUGCAAUGACCUGCACCUCAGCCAGCCAGACUACCCAGAUGGUGAAUACUGGAUUGAUCCAAACCAGGGCUGCAUAGGAGACUCUAUCAAAGUAUUCUGUAACUUCACAGCAGGAGGAGAGACGUGUAUCUACCCUGAUAAGAAAUCCACAGGAGUUAGAAUAUCUAACUGGCCCAAGGAGUCCCCAGGUUCAUGGUUCAGUGAAUUUAAACGCGGUAAAAUUCUGAACUACGUUGACUUGCAAGAAAACACCAUCAAUUCAGUGCAGAUGACCUUCCUGAAGCUGCUGAGCUCCUCGGCGCGGCAGAACUUCACCUACAUAUGCCAUCAGUCUGUGGCCUGGUACGAUGCCAAGGCUGACAACUAUGACAAGGCGCUGCGCUUCCUGGGCUCUAAUGAUGAGGAGAUGUCCUACGACAAUAAUCCCUUCAUCAAGCCGCUGAUGGAUGGCUGCUCGCUGAAGCAGGGCUAUUCGAAGACGGUGAUGGAGGUCAACACUCCCCGCAUCGACCAGUUGCCCAUCAUCGACGUCAUGCUGAAUGACUUUGGGGACGCCAACCAGAGGUUCGGCUUCGAGGUUGGCUCCGUCUGUUUCCUCGGCUAGAAAAACGCCCCUUACUCCCCGCUGAAGGACAGGGUCAGAGGGCACUUAUCAACACCCACACGCUGAGAUCCGACAAGCAACGAAAGAGAGAGAGAAAAAAAACCUGUGUUUUCUGAGAAGAUCCACUCAAGAAGAAGAAGAAGAAGAGGACGUGCCCCCAGGCCCUGUCGUGAAAGCGCUGACCAGGGGAAACUACUCCUUGCCCUUGUAGGGCCUGAAUCACAUGACUUUAACUUAGUAAUGGGAGUGACAUCAGGAAAAGGACAUUCGAUGCGGACAGUGGCGCGCUUUCAGCAACAGAGAGAGGACCCACUCACCCCAAGCCCCGCCCUCCUUCAGCCACCCCUACCCCACCCACCCACCCAGACCACACCCCCACUACUCCCUCUCUGGGUGCUCCAGGUGCUGCUCUGAAUCUACAACCACAGAGGUGCUUUUGUGCGGAAUCACAAAACACUCAAGGUGCUACAAAAAAGUGCUUUUUGAUAAACUGUAAUUAUUAUUAUUAUUUUGUACAAUAUUGUUCCUUCCGAAUCCACUCUAAUAAUAAAUAAUGCAUGUGUCCCAGCUCUUAAAAGUUUAAAUAAAUAUUUGGUAUAUUGAUUAAAAAAAAUUCUAUAAAUAUAUUUGACGUGUUAGGAACAAAUCAAAUGAAAAGCGUAACAUGUUUUUGUGAAAUCCAUUUGACAAAAUUUGUAAGUAUAAAAUAGUCUUUUUGUAAAUACUUUCAAUGAGAACACACAAAACUGGAACACAACAACAGUGCCUUUUUACUCCGUUUGCCCUUUAGGAAUCAAGCCAUAAUAAAAUGAGAUAGUAAUAUAAAUUUUGUAAGAAAUGGCUUUAUUCAUCCAGAUGCUACAUUUAUACCUCAGUUCAGUUCAAAGAUGUGGACUUAUUUGGCAUUCAGACAUGUUUAAUAUUAACUACACAGUUAAAUGUAUACAUUAUUUGUGGUGGCAACAUAUAAAGAUUUUUUUUUCCAUGUGUGUAGUUAAAUUUGUCCAGUUGAUUUUUGGAGAAAAGCCUGGUCGAGUUUUUUUUUUCUUUGUAACAAUGAACAAAUGUUUUCAUGUGCCUUGAAUUGUUCAUUCAAAAAAAUAUUAAAACUGGAUUCUGAAAAAUGGGUGUAUUGUUGGCUGUUUGAGUGCAGAGGAAUUAGUCAUAAAGUGCUCCUUUUGUGUUUGCGAUACCUUCGUCUUUACCAUCAUCAUUUAGAAGACGAGGUUCAUGUGAUUGAACACAUUCUGCUGAGUCCGGGCGGUGCAGUCGCUUCCGCCUUUUCUUUCUCUGACUCAGAUUUGACUUUGAUCAAGGUCUGUUUGCAUCUCCCCCUCCUUUGGCCUUACAGCUAUACUAGACUUCAGAGACGCUUUCCAGCCUGUGUAACAACAGUAUGUUUACAACCUAUGUAAAACUGAAAUAAAUCUGUGGUGCUUUGACAAAUGCA